UCAUCAUUGGAAUAUCGAUUCCGCCAAUUAUUGCGGUUUGGCUCGACCAUUCGAGUUGUACUUGAAAGCAACAGCGUCAGGAGAUACUAAUGACUCUAUUAAAAAUAGCAUUGUAUACAAUUAG